CGCUCUUGCAAAGUUAAAACAGACUUUGUUUAUCUUGCAGGUUGUUUGCUGAAAUGCUCUCUGACUAGUUAACCUACUUCUCAGCGUAGAUAUUUUACUCUUCCCAGCCGUAAACGCUGAGAAGAGUGCGCAUCUCGUUGUAUUUCACUCCUUAAGUCUUUAGCAUUUCUGAUCUCUUUGUAAUUCAAUUUAAAAAAAUUUUUUUGUGUUUCCUGCAGUUGUUAUUGUGCAGCACCAAAAAAAAAGGAUCAGGACUCCAGUUUUUCCUCUCCAGCACGUGCCAUUUGUCAAAGAUUGUUGUGCAUUAAAUAUCUUGUUCUGCAGACGUGUGGCUUGCUGUUUUUUGGAGGAGCUCAUCGUGAGGAUUUUUAAUCGAGCAUUUGGAGAGCGCCAUGGCGACCGAAGUGGAUACGUGGUCCUCCGCUCAAAAGGCCGACGGGGUGUUCUCCUUCGACGAAAACCUGGCGGAGGCUAACUGCCCCUACAGCGUUGACGAUGACUUGCUGAAUGAGGCGGAGGUGAACGGUAACUGGACGCCUCAGGAGAAAGCACUCCACGAGGCGCGACUCAAAGCCAAAGCCAAGCGCCGCCUGCGCAAGUCCUCAUCCCGCAACUCCACCAGCGAGUCCAUCUCUGAAUCGGGAGAAGUAUCAGGAGGUGACCCAAACAGUCCAAAGGGCAAAGUCAACACCAGCGACCGCAAAUCCAGGGCGGGCAAAGGCAGAGGCCUGCCAAAAAAAGGUGGGGCAGGUGGUAAAGGAGUUUGGGGGGCUGCUGGGAUGGUUUAUGAAGAUGAGGAGCCUGAUAUGCGAGACCCCAACUACGAUGAGGCUGCACAGGGGGACACAGUUUAUGCAACAGUUGCUCCAGAGGUAGAUGAGAAGGAACUGGAAAAAAUGGUCAACCCAAUUGUACAGGAGUACUUUGAACAUGGAGACACAAAAGAGGUCCAGAUGCUGCUGAAGGGGCUCAACCUGGGCCAACAUAAGUACGAGUUCUCCUCCCUGGCCGUGUCCCUGUCCCUCGAGGGCAAAGCCAGCCACAGAGAGCUGACCUCCCGUCUGCUCUCUGAUCUGUCGGGCAAGAUGCUGUCCCAAAGUGAAAUGGCCCGCGCCUUCGACAAGAUACUCAAAGAGCUGCCAGACCUCAUGCUGGACACCCCGGAGGCUCCACAGAUGUUAGGCCAGUUUGUAGCCAGAGCCAUAGCGGACCACGUCCUCCCCAUGUCUUUCCUGGACUGUUACAAGGGCAAAGUGGACUGUGAGCAUGCCAGAGUGGCUUUAGACCGUGCCGAAGUGCUGUUGACCAUGAAGAGGGAGAUGGUUCGUCUAGAUAAUGUGUGGGGCGUGGGCGGAGGCCUGAGACCUGUCAAACAUCUCGUCAAAGAGAUGAACCUCCUUCUCAAGGAGUACCUGAUAUCAGGAGACAUUUCGGAGGCAGAGCACUGUCUGCGGGACCUGGAAGUCCCACACUUCCACCAUGAGCUGGUCUAUGAGGUUGUAGUGAUGGUGCUGGAGUCGACAGGAGACACUGCCAGUCAUAUGAUGAUAAAGCUCCUGCAGGCCUUCUGGAAAAUGGGCCUCAUCACUGUGGAUCAGAUGAACCGGGGUUUCCAGCGUGUCUAUGACGAGCUUCCAGAAAUCAACCUUGAUGUGCCACAUGCCCACUCUAUCAUGGAGACCUUUGUGGACCUCUGCUUCAAGGAGGCUGUCAUCACCAAACAGCUGAGAGAUGCCUGUCCAGUCAGAGGACGGAAGCGUUUUGUAAGCGAAGGAGAUGGAGGCGCGAUCAAGACCUAAUCCACAAGAGGAAGAGGAAGAGCAGGAGGAGGCCGAGGAGGAGGGGGGGUGUCUACAGGUUCUUAUACCCCAUUUUCCCCUGAAACCGGGGAUGCUGGCAGUCUAAAGUUUCCUUGUUCCUCCCCUGAUAAUGUUAUCAUUACACAAACCAGCAUUUACGUUCAGUGAAAGUAGACUGAAAAGUCGCCCAGGCGUUCAGUUCCAUUCAUCUUGUUGAUCACUGUUUGUGACAUUUUUUUUUUAAGAAAAUUCUUUAUUUUUGUGGUUUAUGCGCCCACCUUGCCUCAGUCUUUGUUUUGUUUUAUCAAGAACGCUUUGAGUCAGAGCUGCAGAAAGGCAGGUGGACUGGCUGGGGUGUGUGGGAGAUGAAUUUGGGUGUUUUGCCUCUUGCUUUGCGUCACCUGUUGCCAUGUCUCUAUUUUCUUUUCCAAUGUAAAGUGCUAUUAAUACAAUAAAGCACUUAAAAGACAGAGAGCAUACUCUACAGUCAGUGAGCACUUAGAUAUUUAGCUCAACAAGCCACAAAUUAUUUGAAAUUAUUUCAAGGACAACAUGCUUUGUACCUUCUGGUUCAAGUUGUUCUAUUGAUCCUUUAUAAAUAAGGUUUUUUGUUCUUUUUUCAUUUCAUUGCAUCUUGGGUCUCUGAAGCCAAAUGUUCACAUUAUAAAGCAAAGCAGUCAAAGCAAGAAGUGCGUGGAUGGUUAUUGAAACUUACUUUAGGGCAAAUGUACUUUGGAAGCGCUUUUUCUGAAAAAACAAAUAUAAAAAGUAAUUGGGGUUGAUGUGUGUAAAUAAAAUCAAGGGUGCAACAUUUUCAGAACUCUGACUUUGCUUGCAAUUAUGAAUCUAAAGCUCAAAUGUGCAGGAUAUGAUUCUGGAUAGGUAACCUUACAAUAUAAAGUCAAACCUUCUGGAGAGAGUAGAAGAAAUCUGGAAAUUGUCUUAUGUUUACCUGUUUACCUGUCUAAUGUCUCUGAAAUGGCAACCCCAGCUUUGAUUUGUCAAGCAUAUUCUUUUCUGCCACUGUAACAGUUCUUCAUGUUGAUGAAAGUUAAAGAUGUGGCUGAGAAAUGUAUACCAUUCAUUAAAAAGCAACAAAAAUAAUUUUCUGUAUUUUUAUUUUUUCUGGUCCUGACAGCAGUAUUGAUUAAAGAGUCAUCAGGAGUAAGUAGUUGGGCAAGUGUUGUAGAGAUGUACAUCCAUCACAUUUGUUGAUCAUUCAUCAGCUGUGAUCCUUAUUGUAUAUUUCAACCUUGUACCUGUAUCUUCUGUCAGUUUCAUUUCACAUCUUUCUCUGACUAAUGGUCAGAGCACGCUUACAAAUGUUAAUUUAAACCUGUAACUGAGAAACAGUUUGAGGCCAAAGUUUGGAUUUCUCUCUGACUCUUCUCUCAUUUAUGGUGCAUCUAAGAUACAUGGCUGUGUUUAAUAGCAUCGCUUUAUUAUGCUUACAGUGUAAAUAGGUGGUUGAGGGAAAUUAUGUUAAAUAGUUAAUAUUUUAAAAACUAGUGUAAUUCACAGCACACACUCAUUCAUGCAUGCUGCUGUCCACUGUCAAAUACAGGCUAUAACGUUUGUUCUGUACUCCUACAAGCAUCUUUGUACUCUGUACACUGUUCAUAACACUUCCUGACACAAGAACUUCAUUUUAUACAUUUCAAUAAAAUUAAAUAAUUCCCUCUA